AUGGGUAAAGGUGGUGAGCCGAAGCUUUGCGGUCAGGACGUGGUCACCUACACUAUUAGUGAAACUAUAGAUGGCUAUGCUCAGGUGCAGAGGUCUGUCCAGCAGGAGGUUAACCUAGACGUCUUCUGCAUACAGUCAACUAACUAUGAGGCAGGACUGUCCCUCGCCACACCUGAGGUUCCUACCGCAGGGAACUUUGAUGGCCUCUACAAGCACUUUGUGCAGUUCUUGUUUGGUUCUGCCAAUAAUGGGGCCACAACGUCUACAGUGGAACCGCUAACUUCACCUGGAUACCUGUACGGAGAUGUCAUAGAAACGGAGGAAGAAAGCGGAGGAAGGGGGUUCUUCCGGUUGCCAGCCCCCUCUGUUACAGCCCACUGCUCUGACCUGAACCCUGCAGCGUUUCUGAAGGAGCAGAGCAAUAGAUGCAUGCGGAGCCUGGUCCUGGAGUGGGACUGUACCACCCUGCAGGCCCUGAACAUGCACAGCUACACUGACCCCCGCCUCCUCUCUAAGAAGAGUGAAGAUAUGCGAUUUGUGGCUGUGGGGGUGACCUCCAUUGUCCUGCAAUCUUUGGAGGGGACUCAGACCCAGCUGAAUAUCACUGGUGACUUGAGCCUGGACCCGCUACUGUUGGACUCUGUGGCCCCUGACUCAGCAGUGUGCAUCAAUGUGGUGCUCCAGGUGAAGUCUAAAGCCUCACAAAGCAAGCUACACAGGAUGGCCGCUCUGCCUACUUGCGUUAUUUACACGGUCACGUACAGUGAGGCUGGAGACAUUGUGAAUGUGAACGCGUCUUUGGUCCUUGGAGCCAUCGACCUUCACAGUGCUGAUUCGAGGGGAGCUUUUACCCUCCUUCAUGGCUCCAAACUGUCAGACUGUCUCAGAGGGCCCCAUCACCGCUCCCCUGUCCUGUUCGGGGUCGACAUGGUGUCAGGCUGCACGUUGAGAUUGGAUGAGACUGCUAACUGCUCAGUGGUAUCAGAAGUGGUUCUAGGAGUAUUGAGGGGACAAAGCUUCCCCCAGUAUGUGGCCUCUUUUGGGAAUUCCCCACCUCAGAACCCAAUGGACUGGGUGCCAAUAAGGAACCAAACCAAACCUACGGCGUUACUCUCUGGAGGCAGUCGUGUCAUGUCUGUCACCAGCUCUGUGACCUUCAUACCUGUGUCUGGAGCCGCCCGGCCGGGCUUCAAGGCCUCGCCCACUAUCGACGCCAAGCUGCCUUACGACUUCUUCUUCCCUUUUGUUUGA